AUGAAAUGCGCGGAUGGGUACAAAACACAAAACCAUUUCAUCACAGCUCCUCUGUCGGAGGAAGAAGCAGAUUUUCCUUUAGCUUAUAUAAUUGUAUUGCAUAAAGAAUUUGACACGUUCGAGAGACUGUUCAGGGCCAUCUAUAUGCCGCAGAACAUAUACUGCAUCCAUGUGGAUGAGAAGGCAAGUGCGGAUUACUUGCAGGUGGUAAGUGAUUUAGUGGAUUGCUUUCCUAAUGCUUUUCUUGCCUCGAAAAUGGAGCCUGUGGUGUAUGCUGGGAUAUCGAGGCUCCAGGCGGAUGUGAACUGCAUAAAAGAUCUGCUGAAAUCAAAAGUGCAAUGGAAAUAUGUCAUCAAUACGUGUGGACAGGAUUUCCCUUUAAAGACAAAUAAGGAGAUCAUACAACAUUUAAAAAACUUUAAAGGGAAAAAUAUCACUCCUGGUGUGCUGCCCCCUGGUCAUGCCAUCCCCCGGACUAAAUACGUUCACCGUGAGGAUAUUGUACAUUCCAAAAUAAAAGGGACCAAGACCUUAAAGCCUCCUCCGCCACACAAUAUCACCAUUUACUUUGGCACAGCGUAUGUUGCACUGACAAGGGAGUUUACUAAGUUCAUGAUGGAAGACCAGAGGGCUAUAGACCUAUUGAAAUGGUCUAAGGACACUUACAGCCCCGAUGAACACUACUGGGUGACACUGAAUAGAAUACCAGGUAAGUGUAUUAACAGCUACAUGUCAUUGCAAAAGCAGGCAUUUAGUUGA